CCUGCGUCUGCAAACGAAGAGUCAUAAACCUGAGGCUCCCAAUUUUAGGUGGUUUGGCAGAUCCAUCUAACACUCACUUAAUCCCCAUCAUCCAUCAUCACCAUUAUUCACACACACCUACUAUUAAUUUCAAUUUCCCUUUUUCAAUUCGCUUACAUCUCCACCUUUUUCCUAUUUCCAUUCUCAUUAAAUACAAUUUUCUUCAAUUCGCUAUUAAAUCACACACCUCACAAAAAUUCGCCGCACUCACUUGAAAUUCCGAUUGCUGUGAUGGGGAAUUGCCAGGCGGCGGAGGCGGCGGUGGUGGUGAUCCAGCACCCCGGCGGUAAGGUCGACCGGAUUUACUCAUCGGCGAGCGCUACCGAGGUCAUGAAUGCCAACCCCGGCCACUACGUCGCGCUGGUGGUGGCGGCGGAGAACGCCGCGCCGAUCAAGCAGCUCAAGCUCCUCCGCCCCGACGACGCUCUCGUGAUUGGACAAGUUUACAAACUAAUCAGCUUUGAAGAUGUGCUGAAGGAAUUUGCUGCGAAUAAGAGUGUGAAGUUGGGGAAAUUGUUGAAGGAGAGAGGAGCUUUGGAGCGCAAGAGAAAAUCGAAUCCGCGAUCAGCUUCAGUUAAGAUGGAGGCAAGCGGUGGUGGCAGCUGCAGCAGAAGCGGCGCAGGACGACCCAACACCGGCCGGCCUGGGCAGUGGAGACCGGCUUUACAGAGCAUUUCGGAGCAAGUUAAUGAAGCGUCAAAUUUUAGUUGCUGACUUUGUUUCCAAACUAGUGUCUAUAUAUGCUUUCGAAAAGACAUGUAAAAAGAUGAGAUUCAUGCUAAAGUGAGUUGACUAGAACUUCAACCACAUGUAUCUUCAACUCCAAAAACAUCGUUUUAGAGCUUAUAUUGUGAUGGAGAUGUAAUCUAUCGGUUUGUUUCA